GUGAGUGAGAGUGUGAGAGACAGAGGGAGAGAGGAGUUCUGCCCUUACAGAAAGAAUGCUUGAGCAGAGCCGUUCUCCUUCCCUCUGACCCACUCUCUGAAUGCACUACAGCUCGAGGGAGAAGAGGUGGACGCUGGGAUGGAUAAGCCAAACAUUCUGAGGCGCCGCGGACUAAAGAAGGAGCUGAGCCUGCAGAGAAGACCCAGUUUUUUGUCUCCCACAUGCCAGAGCCCCACCAUCGUGAGCCCAUGCAGCCCCUGCAGCCCCUGCAGCCCCUUACAAACCUUACAUCCCUGGAGUUGCCGUAGCAGCAACAGGAAGAGCCUGGGAGUGGGGACACCGUCACCCACGCUGUCCCGUCCCCUGUCCCCUCUCUCCGUCCACACAGCCAGUAGUCCGUUGGAUAGCCCAAGGAAUGUGUCCACCAGUACUUCUGUCAACUUCCCCUUCGCUCGCAGUCAUAUGGCUCGCCCUGACAGAGCGGAAGGACGGAGAUGGUCACUGGCAUCUCUCCCCUCGUCGGGCUACGGCACCAACCCCCCCAGCUCUACAGUCUCAUCGUCGUCCUCGUCUCAGGAGCGACUUCACCAGCUUCCCUACCAGCCCACGCAGGACGAGCUCCACUUUCUGUUCAAGCACUUCCGCAGCUCAGAGAGUGUGACGGACGAGGACGGCCGCCCCUCCCCAGCCAUGCGUCCACGCUCACGCAGUCUUAGCCCUGGCCGAACAAGCGGCUCAUUUGACAAUGAGAUCAUCAUGAUGAACCAUGUUUACAAGGAGCGUUUCCCAAAGGCCAGGGUGCAGAUGGAGCAUCGUCUGCGGGACGUGGUGACCCAGUGCUCCCCGGACAGCUCGCUGCCUCUGGGGGACGGCGUGCUGAGCUUCAUCCAGCACCAGCUGGUGGAGCUGGCCAGGGACUGCCUGGACAAGUCCCACAAGGGCCUGGUCACCUCGCGCUACUUCAUGGAGCUGCAGGAGAAGCUGGACAAGCUGCUGCAUGAGGCCUUUGAGCGCUCUGAGAGUGAGGAGGUCACUGUCAUUAGUCAGCUGGUGAGGAAGAUGCUCAUUAUCAUAUCGCGGCCUGCCAGACUGUUGGAGUGCCUGGAGUUUGACCCUGAGGAGUUUUACCAUCUGCUGGAGGCCGCCGAGGGCCACGCCAAAGAGGGCCAGGGCAUCAAGACCGACAUCCCCAGAUACAUCAUCAACCAGCUGGGCCUGAACCGAGCUGACCCCCUGGAUGGUAUGGUGCAGUUGGAACAGUACGACUCCGCCCCAUCACUGACCGUGGAAUCCGAGGAGUCCUUAGAGCAGAACCGCUCGCCGCUCACACCGACUCGCAGGAAGCCGCUGGAGAGCGAUUUUGAGACCAUCAAACUCAUCAGCAACGGGGCUUAUGGGGCUGUCCAUCUGGUGCGGCACAAAGAGACCCGGCAGCGCUUCGCCAUGAAGAAGAUCAACCGCCAGAACCUGAUCCUACGGAACCAGAUUCAACAGGUGUUCGUGGAGAGAGACAUCCUCACCUUCGCGGAGAACCCCUUCGUCGUCAGCAUGUUCUGCUCCUUCGAGACCCGCAGACACCUGUGUAUGGUCAUGGAGUAUGUGGAGGGUGGCGACUGUGCCCACCUGCUGAAGAACAUGGGUCCGCUGCCCGUGGACAUGACGCGCAUGUACUUCGCAGAGACAGUGCUGGCUCUGGAGUACCUGCACAACUAUGGCAUCGUCCAUCGAGACCUCAAACCAGACAACUUGUUGAUCACCUCCAUGGGUCACAUCAAGCUGACUGACUUCGGGCUGUCCAAGGUGGGCCUGAUGAACAUGACCACCAACCUGUACGAGGGCCACAUGGAGCAGGACACGCGGGAGUUCAUCGACAAGCAGGUGUGUGGCACCCCUGAGUACAUCGCCCCAGAGGUGAUUCUGCGUCAGGGCUACGGCAAGCCGGUGGACUGGUGGGCCAUGGGCAUCAUCCUGUAUGAGUUUCUAGUGGGGUGCGUGCCGUUCUUCGGAGACACGCCCGAGGAGCUGUUUGGACAUGUGGUCAGCGAUGAGAUCAUCUGGCCGGAUGAGGAAGAUGCCCUGCCUGUGGAUGCACAGGAUCUCAUCACCCGUCUCCUAAGACAGAGUCCGCUGGAGCGACUGGGAACAGGUGGCGCUGCUGAGGUGAAGCAGCAUCCCUUCUUCUCUGGCCUGGACUGGAACGGCCUGCUGAGACAGAAGGCCGAGUUCAUUCCUCAGCUUGAGUCUGAAGACGACACCAGCUACUUCGACACUCGCACGGAACGCUACCACCACCUUGGCUCAGACGAGGAUGAGGAGACCAAUGAUGAAGAAUCUUCCCUGGAAAUCCGUCAGUUUUCUUCCUGGUCCAACCGCUUCAGCAAGGUGUACAGCAGCUCGGAGCACCUGGCGACCCCGUGUAACCUGAGCUUUUCGUCCGAGCGCAGCCCCAGCGAGGACAAGGAGGAGCCCAGGGCAGAGUCACACCGGCACGGGGGAGGGGACGAGCGCAGGCUCACCACACAGAGGGCCAGUGCCUCUCUUCGUUGUCCUAGUUUGCGUGUGCGGGCCUCGUCCAGUUCCUCCCAUUCUGAGCGCAGCGCCAGCCCUCUGGUCAUCAGCAGUACACACAGCCUAGAGACCAUGCCCCGCUUCGCCCUGUCCACCGAUGAUGAGGCAGAAGUGGUGGUAUCCAACCUCCACCGCAUCAGGAUCCGUAGCAACAGCACUGGAGCCAAACACUCGUCUCCUAGGGAACAGGGCAGUUCACGGCGCUACGGCAACCAGCUAGAGACCCCAGAUAAGCAGAGGAUGCCAUCUGGGGGCAAAGUGCCCAAAUCUGCCUCUGUGUCUGCACUCUCUCUCAUCAUCACUGCAGACGAUGUGUGUGGUGGCCUCCAGCCCAGCCCCAUCUCCCCGCGUUCGCUCUCGUCCAACCCGUCGUCCCGAGACUCGUCCCCGAGCCGUGACCUCUCCCUCAGCCUCAGCUGCCUGCGGCCGCCCAUCCUCAUCCACUCCUCAGGGAAGAAGUACGGCUUCACCCUCCGGGCCAUCCGCGUCUACAUGGGAGACUCUGACGUCUACACCGUACACCACGUCGUCUCGAGUGUGGAGGAAGGCAGCCCCGCACACGAGGCCGGUCUCCGGGCCGGUGACCUCAUCACGCACGUGAACGGGGAGUCGGUGCAGGGCCUCGUGCACACGGAGAUGAUGGAGUUACUGCUCAAGAGUGGCAACAAGGUGGCGCUACAGACCACUGCCCUGGAGAACACCUCCAUCAAGAGGGGUCCGGCCCGUAAGGCCAGCUACAAGGGCAAGAUGGCCCGCCGCAGUAAGAAGAGCAAGAAGAGGGACACCCAGGACCGGCGUCGCAGCAUCCUGAAGAAGCUGUCGAAGCAGAGUGGUGUUAUGCACAGCAGUCGCAGCUUCUCCUCUGGUCUGCAGCACUCCGUCUCCUCCAGCGAGAGCCUCCCAGGGUCCCCCACACACAGCCUCUCUCCUGGGCCGUCCACGCCCUGCAGGAGUCCAGCUCCAGACCACCAUACCACAGACGCCGUCUCCCCCCAGAGCACCUCCCCCUGCUCCAGCUCUCCAAGCUCUCCUGCGGCUCACAUCCGGCCCAGCUCCCUGCAUGGUCUCGGCUCCAAGCUGGGCGCUCAGCGCUUCACCAAAGUGGGCCGCCGCAAGUCCACCAGCAGCAUCCCGCCCUCGCCACUGGCCUGCACUUCCCCGCAGCGCUCGCCGUCGCCCCUGCCGAACAUCGCCAAGGCGCUGCACUCCUCCUUCCACGGCCACACGCUGUCCCCGCCCACGCUGGUGCGGCAGGCGGUGCGUCCGCGCAGCGCAGAGCCCCCCCGCUCCCCCCUCCUCAAGCGCGUGCAGUCGGCCGAGCGCCUGCCUGGCGCCUACCACCACCACGACAGGAAGUCCUUCGCCCCGCGUCGACACACGCUGGAGGUGCCCCACGCUGAGGCUGACGCGCUGGCCGAGCUGGAGUACGACGGAGGCGGAGGUGGGGGCACCACCCGUCUGAGCCUGGGGCUGAACUACAGCGCCACCCAGAGGCUGUGGUCGUCGGCGGGCAGCACGGAGCAGCUGGUGGUGAUGCGCAAGCUCAACCUGUCCGAGCGCCGCGACUCCUUCAAGAAGCAGGAGGCCGUGCAGGAGGUGAGCUUCGACGACCCUGAUGAGAAACCGGCCGCGUCGGCGCACCCGAGCCCCCUGCAGCACCGUGCCGCCUGGCUGGUGGGCCGCUCGGAGUCCGGCGGGGAGGAGGAGGGGGCGAUGGUGGUGCGGAGGUGCCCGCUGGUGCCGCAGAUCGCCGUGCAGGGAUCCGAGAGCGAGGAGCAGGAGGACUGGGUGCCCUGCUCUGAUGAUGAGGAAGAGGAUGAGGAGGAGGAGGAGUUGCAGGAGUUGCAGGACUCCGAGCACAACACCACCGCUCGGAGUAUCACUGAGGCAGCUUCGCAGCCUGGGCCUGUUGCCCUCGGCAACGUGCAGUGGGUGGUGUCCAAGGUCACUCCCCCCAGCCCCAGUAGAGGGAAGGCAAAGGAGAAAUGAGGGGAUGGGAAGAGGAGAAGAAAGGAGCAGUGACACGGAUGGAUCUCAUAUCAAAGA